AAAUGUCAGCACCCAGAGAGCUCAUGCACCGGGGUUAAAACAGGACAGUUUACUGCACGGUUUGCUGCAGUUUUAUGGUGGCAACAGACCACUAACGGCCCGUUAUAGUUUAAUUAAUUAGUGUUUUAUCAUGUCGGUUAAUUAGAAGAGUUCCGCUGCUAGCUAGCGAGCUGUAGCUAACAUCCUGUAGCUAGCAGCCGAACAGAAACAUGUCGCUGUCUCUGGUGAAACGCUGCUGUGAAACACCUCUGAUUAGACGAGUUUUACAGUUUAAAAUGUUCAGGAGGAGAAUCCAGAGCUGUAACUUGAGCUACACCGUGUGGAGACACCGAUGGAUGAAGAGACUACCGGUGAUAAGCAGCAGCUUCAGGGGGAUGAGCUCCCAGACAGACAAGGAUGCUGUUGACCUGUCCAAGUUCCCUGCAGACAGAAUCAGGAAUUUCUGCAUCAUCGCCCACAUUGACCACGGAAAGAGCACGUUGGCUGACCGGCUGCUGGAGAUGACAGGCGCCAUCGCAAAGACCGAGAAGAACAAGCAGGUUCUGGACAAGCUUCAGGUGGAGCGAGAGAGAGGAAUAACGGUGAAGGCCCAGACGGCCUCGUUGUUCUACAGCCACCAGGGAGAGCAGCACCUCCUGAACCUCAUCGACACGCCGGGUCACGUCGACUUCAGUUAUGAGGUGUCUCGCUCGAUUUCUGCGUGCCAGGGCGUCCUGUUGAUUGUUGAUGCCAAUCAGGGCAUCCAAGCGCAGACGAUGGCCAACUUCUACCUCGCCUUCGAAGCUCAGCUGGCAAUCAUACCCGUCAUCAAUAAGAUUGAUUUGAAAAAUGCUGAUCCGGAGCGAGUGGAGUCACAGAUUGAAAAGGUGUUUGAUAUUCCACGGGAAGAAUGCAUCAGGAUUUCAGCUAAACUUGGAACAAACGUCGAGCAGGUUCUCCAAGCGGUCGUGGAACGGAUUCCGCCGCCGGUGGCGAGCACCAAAGACCCCUUUAAAGCCUUAGUGUUUGACUCCAAUUUCGACCACUACAGAGGAGUCGUGGCCAACAUCGCUGUGUUCGGGGGUCGGGUCAAAAAAGGGGACAAGAUCGUGUCGGUGCAUCUCGGCAAGACCUACGAGGUCAACGAGCUCGGUCUGCUCCGGCCAGAUGAGCAGCCGACACAGAAACUGUUUGCAGGUCAAGUGGGUUACAUCAUAGCGGGCAUGAAGGACGUGAAGGAGGCCCAGAUUGGUGACACGCUCUGCCUCCAGGAGCAGCCGGUCGAAGCUCUUCCAGGGUUUAAACCUGCCAAAGCCAUGGUGUUUGCAGGCAUGUAUCCAAUGGACCAGUCAGAAUAUCCCGGCCUUCGCAGCGCCAUUGAGAGGCUAACCCUGAAUGACUCAAGUGUCACAGUGCAGAAAGACAGCAGUCUGGCCCUGGGAGCAGGCUGGAGACUCGGCUUCCUGGGUCUUCUCCAUAUGGAGGUGUUCAAUCAGAGGCUGGAGCAGGAGUACAAUGCCUCGGUUAUCGUAACUGCGCCCACCGUGCCCUACAAGGCCGUCCUCUCCUCGGCCAAACUCAUCAAGGAACACGGCAGGGAGGAGAUAACCAUCGUGAACCCUGCUCAGUUCCCAGACAGAUCGGUGGUUUCCGAGUAUUUGGAGCCGAUGGUGCUGGGAACCAUUCUGGCUCCAGAAGCUUACACCGGAAACAUAAUGAGUCUCUGCUUGAGUCGCAGGGCGGUGCAGAAGAACAUGGUGUACAUAGACGACCAGCGCGUCAUGAUGAAGUACCUCUUCCCUCUCAAUGAAAUCGUGGUGGAUUUCUAUGACCUCCUCAAAUCCCUUUCAUCUGGAUACGCCAGCUUUGAUUAUGAGAAUGCCGACUACCAGAGAGCUGAUUUGAUAAAGAUGGAUAUUCUCCUGAACGGGCGGCCAGUGGAGGAGCUCACCACCAUCGUACACAAGGAGCGAGCGUACAGUACGGGGAAGGCCAUGUGUGAGCGGCUGAAGGACUCCAUCCCCAGGCAGAUGUUUGAGAUCGCUGUGCAGGCAGCCCUCGGAAGUAAGGUCAUCGCAAGAGAAACAAUUAAGGCGUAUAGAAAAAAUGUUCUCGCCAAAUGUUACGGAGGCGACAUCACGCGCAAGAUGAAGCUACUGAAGAAACAGGCCGAAGGAAAGAAGAAGAUGAGACGCAUCGGCAACGUGGACGUUCCCAAAGACGCCUUUAUUAGUGUUCUGAAGAGGAAAGAAAAAUAGACUGUGACACUGUUAAUGCAUUAUUAUUAUUAUUAUUAUGUAUAAUAGGAUAUGGAUCAGGUCUUUGUUAUUGAAAGGCUCUGGUAGAUUUCUCCUUAAAUAAAAGUGCUGCAAACUGU